CAGCUGCCGUCGAUCUCAUUGGUUCCCCACCAGCACCGAGUCAGCUAUGACGUCACAAAGGAUAGCCGUCCUCUUCAUCGCCGCCAUCUUGAGCGUCUCGCUCACGCCCGCAAUAGCUAAAGAGGAUGAGUGGAUCGACUGGUGUAAGAUUCGCGCCAUGGCAGCCGGAGGAAUGUUCGCAAUUGCUCCUACCCCAGUGGAAAUAGGAGCCGCGGGCUUCGACGCUGGAGGGAUCGUCGCCAGUACCCUGGCCGCCAAGCCCAUGUCCUGGGCUGCGGCCGCCAACGGAGGUGGGGUGGCGGCCAGAGGGAUCGUGGCCGGGCUGCAGGCCAUCGGAGCGGCUGGGCUGGGUCCUGCCAGGGCAGCCAUAGCCAAGGUCAUGGCGGACGUCUCGAACCUGUGUAGAAAGAAGGAGGAGGAGGGCAGCAAGAGGGCGGGGGGGGGGGAGGUGAGUGUUGAGAGGGCAGCGCUGAAAGGGCAGCGGUGAAAGGGCAGCGCUGAAAGGGCAGCGGUGAGAGGGCAGCGCUGAGAGGGCAGUGUGCGUGCAGUGUGGCUGGCUAAAAAGUGCGAGGAUUCACAAACCUCUCAUUGGCACGGUCGGCUACGGUGCGGCAGCAGCUGCUCUGCCUUCUCCUGCCUCUCAUCCUCUCCUGCCUCUCAUUCCUCUCCUGCCUCUCCCCGAUUUGGUCAGUCUAGAUGGUCUCGACCGUCUAGUUGGUCUAGACCAGGGGUCGGCAACCAAAAUAACAAGAAGAGCCAUUUUUUUCCAAUUCGGUACAAAAUUCAGUAUUUCAAGAGCCGCAAUGCAUCUGAGUACAUACUGUACAUACGUACAUAUCAUCAAGAAGCAGCCCGUAAAGAGCCGCAAGGCGGCUCCGGAGCCGUAGGUUGCCGACCCCUGGUCUAGACGGUCUACUUGGUCGAGACGGUCUAGUCGGUCUAAGACGGUGAAGACAGUCUAGAUGGUGUAGACCGUCUGGUUGGUCUCGACGGUGCAGAUGAUCUAGUCAGUAUAGAUGGUCUAGAUGGUCUAGAUGGUCUAGACGGUCUAGUUAGUGUAGACGGUCGAGAGAGUCUAGUUGGUCUCGAGAGUCGAAAUGUUCAAGAUGUUCUAGAUGGUGUAGAUGGUAUAGAUGGUCUAGACAAUGUAGAUAGUCUAACACAGUAUAGAUGGUCUAGAGAGUCGAGAUGUUCUAGAUGGUCUAGAUCAGGGGUCGGCAACCAAAAUAACAAGAAAAGCCAUUUCUUUCCAAUUCGGUACAAAAUUCUGUAUUUCAAGAGCCGCAAUGCAUCUAUGUACAUACGUACAUAUCGUCAAGAAGCAGCCCGUAAAGAGCCGCAUGCGGCUCCGGAGCCGUAGGUUGCCGACCCCUGGUCUA